CGACGAUACAAAAGAGCCUUCGGAAGAGAAAAAUCAAUAAUAAAAGUUUUUCAUUCUGUGUAAAGGUGGGGAAAAUUGUGGCAGAAUUCUUGAGUAAAUUUCAUAUUUAUAUACUUCAAACAUCAGAAAAUUGAUUCCACGAUGGGCGAUAGUGAACAGAAAGCUCUGCAGUUAAUUGCCGAGGCAGAGAAGAAAUUAAACUCUUCCAAGGGAUUUUUUGGGUCUCUGUUCGGUGGUGGCUCCAACAAGGUCGAAGAAGCAGUGGAAUGUUACCAGCGAGCAGCGAAUAUGUUCAAGAUGGCCAAAAAGUGGUCUCAGGCGGGAUCGGCAUUCUGUGAAGCAGCCAACUUACAUGCCAAGGCUGGUAGUCGUCACGAUGCCGCUACCAACUACGUCGACGCGUCAAAUUGCUACAAAAAGUGUGACUCGAAUGAAGCCGUAAGCUGCCUGUUGAAGUCGAUUGACAUUUAUACGGACAUGGGACGUUUCACGAUGGCUGCCAAGCAUCACCAGAGUAUUGCCGAAAUGUACGAAGGCGAAGCCAAUGAUUUGCAACGCGCCGUUCAGCACUACGAGCAAGCGGCUGACUACUUCAAAGGCGAAGAAUCGACCAGCUCGGCUAACAAGUGCAUGCUUAAGGUCGCCCAGUAUGCGGCCCAGUUGGAAGACUACGAAAAGGCAAUCCAAAUCUACGAACAAGUCGCCGGUUCCUGCCUGGACAGCUCGUUGCUGAAGUAUAGUGCCAAGGAGUACUUCUUCCGGGCUUCUCUAUGCCAUCUCAGCGUUGAUCUUCUGAACGCUCAGCAUGCCCUGGAGAAAUACGCACAACAGUAUCCGGCUUUCCAAGAUUCUCGGGAGUACAAACUUGUUAAGACCCUGUGCGAACAUCUGGAGGAGCAAAAUGUUGACGGAUUCACCGAGGCCGUGAAGGAGUAUGAUAGCAUUUCCCGGUUGGAUCAGUGGUACACUACCAUUUUGUUGAGAAUCAAAAAGCAGGCCAAUGAUAAUCCGGAUCUGCGAUAAAUCGCGACUAUUAACUUGCCGGUCGCUCGACUCCAUUUCUAUAUCUCUAAAGGAAAAUAUAAAAUUUGUUUCAUUCGAGGUAUUUGUUAAAACCUACAUCAGCAAAUAGCAGAGCUAGUAAAUAAUAAUCGAUGGAUAUGUGCGUGCUAAUAGACCAGCAGCAAAGCGUAGAUACGCAAUCCUUUUUUUCAAAAAUCUAGUUUCCAAUAACAUAUACAUAUACAUAUAUACUAUCAAUUGCGUAGAUUAAGUGUAAAAUUAUCCAGAAGGAGCAAAACAUGUACUUUAUCGUUCAUUAAUUAUAUCGUUUUGUUGCGACGGAGCCAUCAUUCCGUUUUAGUUGUUAAAUUGAUCCACGCAUGAUUGUUACGAUGGAGGGCGGUUUGAACGUCAUCUGAGUGAGUAAAAAGCUCACAGCAGUAAUUUUGUUCCGCUAAAUUAUUCAUUUCACUUUUGUGGAUCCAUCUGAUAAUCAUUAAUUUUGUUAUCGAAAUGACGUACAUACUUCUCAUGAUUUAAAUGUUUGUUGCCUAAUUUCAAUUUAACGAUUGAUGGAUGAAGACUUGUUAAAUAUUUUGUUCAUACCGAUAUCACUUACAAUUCAAUUCCAGUGACAACAAUUCAUUUUUGCAGUUCACUAGUCAACAGCAUGGUAAAGAACGUUAUUCUACUUUUGGCGAAUAAACCCAAUCGAAUUAUAAAUAGCCGUAUUAAAAAAAAUCAUAAAUCACACAAGAAAACAUUAAAAUCAUGCUUCUAUGAUAGUGCAAUCGUGUGAAAUCAUCAACAUUUUAUGCAGUAAAUAUUGAAAUUCUAUCCUAAAUACAUGCAUACACUUACAUAGAAGAUAUGUAUUAAAAAAACGUAAAUAACAGCUAUUCGUUGAAGUGAGAAUAGAAUUAAAAAAAACAGAACCGAAAGAAAACGAACCCACUUUGCAAAUUAACCAAACUAGAAAAUCAUUAUCAAUGGCUAAGCUGCACCAGGACUAGUGAUAACAGAGAUGCGGAAGUGCUGUUGUUGUGGAAUGAAAUUGAACUAAUUCAACCGACUAGAAGAAAAAUUAACGACUAGCAUACUAAUAAUGUCGAAGUUUUUAGUCAAAUCUUGACGUCAUACUGACAACAUAAUACCGGUUCAUGCGGAAUAACGACCCGAAGUCUCAUUAAGUACGCAAUGAAUGGUGGCUUGUGUCGGCAUAGAUACACAUUGAAAACAGGCGUAAAUUAUAUUUCAUCGAAAAAAUGGAGCAUAGCUGAGUAAGUUGAGAUAACUAAAACAAUUACAUGUUUCCGAAUUGCAAUAAAGACAACAAACAUAUUAUGAAAACCAAA